CCAGCAUAAGAUGACAUUUUUAGCUUCGUUUACGGCGUUUGAGAACAGCUCAACAAACUUGGAGAUAAUACGGGAUAAACAUUUUUGAUACGGCACAGACUUUCUUCGUCCAAGACGUCCCGGAUUCCUUCCUCGUUGCCGUUGAACCGGAAAAGAAUGGGUUAAACCUGUCUGUGAGCCACAUCUGGGAAUCAUUUGAAACAUUCCACAAGGCUUACCACAUGUUUUCAGAUGGACUAAAUCCUGCGAAAGACUCGGCUGUCAGAGGUGAUUGGGUGGAUACUUUGUGUGUGGUAAAAUGUUUGCAAACAUCUUUUUGUGGCCAGCUUCACACAGUUCAAAGAGCACCGUGCACAUCUGGAGUGGAGCGAAGAAGUGCAGGACGUCCACUCUCCACCACUGGACCUCAUGAGAGGAAAGGGGCGGGCUCAACGCCGGGGUUGGCUUUCCGAACCGAAGCGAGUCGCCGAUGGUUGCCAUCGAGAGGAGCUGCGCUCCAAACUCGUCUGUUCUCCCAACGCGGUGCGCCGGCCCUAAACGCACCGUUACGCACCGACUGGUUCUCAUUACGCACGGGGAGCGAACCGAUCUGCUCGGGAGGACAAUAUCGAGCCCCAGCCGGCAAAGUUUGAAGGACAAGCGGGGGUGGAGGCAAAGCUGCGUGACCGAACUUCCACCGAACAGCCCCGGAAGGGAUCAGGAGGAGGAGGACUAUCGAGGAGGAGCCAACAGGUCCCAGUGACAGGUGCUUUGGUUUAAUUUGGCCUGCAGCGCUGGACGCGUCUCCUCGCCACGGCAAGCCGCUUGCCUGCUUUUCUUUUCUUUUUUUUUGACAAACCCAAAGCUGUGGCCAUGCAGCACAAACACACCAAGCACUGACAGGAGGCGAGGCGGUCCGAGCAAUCGAUGCGGGUAGUCUGCCGGCCGGAUGCCCACUUGGCUGAACAGAGUGGCUCUUAAUCAGUGUGAACUUCAACACAGAAAAAAGACCGCUGCAGACCAACAGAGAGGCGGAGGAGGAGGAAGGGAAGGAGGGAGGGAAGGAGGAGGAGGAGGCCCGUCCCGGGAGAACAUGGUGGCAUCAUGUGAUCUGAGCGAGGAAGGAACCCCGUAGAGAAAGCGUGCAACAUCAGCAUCACCUUGUCGAAACGGAAGCGACGGACCCGACCUCCUCAUGAGCCAGCGCGGCACACAAGGAUAAAAACACCCUGGCGCUGCUUUUUAGACCCCGACCAUUGUUCCCUCAGGGGGUUUGACACGCGUCAUGGCUGGGAAGGGCAACCCCAUGCCGGGCCCGCACCUCAACGGCUUCCCAAUGCCCACCUACUCCUACUUCUUCCCUCACAUGUUGGGGAGUUUGUCGCCGCCGGCUCUGCCAGGACUUCCUCUCAGCGGCUACAGCACGCCGUCGCCAGCCACGAUAGAGACGCAGAGUACCAGCUCGGAGGAGAUAGUGCCAAGCCCACCCUCGCCUCCCCCGCCGCCCCGCGUCUACAAGCCCUGCUUUGUGUGCCAGGACAAGUCCUCAGGGUACCACUAUGGUGUCAGCGCCUGCGAAGGCUGCAAGGGCUUCUUCCGGAGAAGCAUCCAGAAGAACAUGGUGUACACUUGUCAUCGCGAGAAGAACUGCAUCAUCAACAAAGUCACCCGAAAUCGCUGCCAGUACUGUCGGCUUCAGAAGUGCCUGGAAGUCGGAAUGUCCAAGGAGUCUGUUAGAAACGACCGGAACAAGAAGAAGAAGGACGAAAAGAAGCAGGAAUGUACGGAAAGCUACGUGCUGAGUCCCGACACGGAGCAGAUGAUCGACAGGGUGCGCAAGGCCCACAAGGAAACGUUCCCUUCCCUCUGCCAGCUCGGCAAAUACACUACGAACAACAGCUCAGAGCGACGCGUGUCCUUGGACGUGGACCUCUGGGACAAGUUCAGCGAGCUGUCCACCAAAUGUAUCAUCAAGACGGUGGAAUUCGCCAAGCAGCUUCCCGGCUUCACCACGCUCACCAUCGCCGAUCAGAUCACCCUGCUCAAAGCCGCUUGUCUGGACAUCCUGAUACUCCGGAUCUGUACGCGCUACACGCCAGAGCAAGACACCAUGACCUUCUCAGACGGACUCACGCUAAACCGAACCCAGAUGCACAACGCCGGCUUUGGACCGCUCACCGACCUGGUCUUCGCCUUCGCCAACCAGCUGAUCCCUCUGGAGAUGGACGAUGCUGAGACCGGGCUACUCAGCGCCAUCUGCCUGCUGUGUGGUGAUCGUCAGGAUCUGGAACAAGCAGAGAAGGUGGACGUCCUGCAGGAACCUCUCCUGGAGGCGCUGAAGAUCUAUGUGAGGAAGAGGAGGCCACACAAACCGCACAUGUUCCCCAAGAUGCUGAUGAAGAUCACUGAUUUGAGGAGCAUCAGCGCGAAAGGUGCUGAGCGUGUCAUCACGCUAAAGAUGGAGAUCCCGGGCUCCAUGCCUCCCCUCAUCCAGGAGAUGCUGGAGAACUCCGAGGGCCUGGAGAGCGGCGCCUCGGGGGGCCGUCCCUGCGCCACUCCGCCGGGCAGCUGCAGCCCCAGUUUGUCCCCGAGCUCCGCCCAAAGCAGUCCAGCCACACAAUCGCCGUAGUAACGGCCCACGUUAGGGUUUUUGUUUUUGUUUGUUUUCACACACGCCGGUCAGUCAGAGAAGGUGUGAAGGAGAAGUCCUUGACUGAUGCCAGAUGGAGACCUCCCCCCUGGUCUGCUUUGCCUCGUGUGAGGGGGAGGUACGGCCGGGGGAUCGCCGCGCCGCCUCCCAGAGACAACACCGUAAACUCUGCUGAUGAUCCCCUCCCAUCCUCCCACUGCUGCUCCACCAUCUUUCUCCAGAAGGCUGUUGGAAAGUCGCCUGAAGCACCACAGGAAGUGAGAGCAGCCAGGAUGGGAUGUGAUAGACUUUUGGACAGAUUUGACCAACACCAGACACUUUUUUUUUUUUUUUUUUCGUUGUUGUUGUCGUUGCUGUUGAAGAUGCAGACUACAAGCUCGGGACUUGUCAAAAGACCCUCCUCCUCUUCUGCCUCCUUCUUCCACCUCAGAGACUCUGGGUCUUUUCUCUUUUCCCAGCUUCAAAAAAUAAAAAAAAUAAAACAGAUUUCGUACACAGAUAUAUAUAAAUAUAUAGAAAAGUUCAGGAAUUAUCGUGAUCGAAUGGGAGGCCGUAACGAGGGCGUGUUUUCUGAGAUUACAGAUUGUUGUACUCCCCUCACUGUUUUACCCAUCAUGAGAGGAAAAAAAUAGUUUGCUCACACGUGUACAUUAUUCUAAUUAACAACAACAAAAAAGCAAAAGAGAAUGACAUUUCCUUCCAGUCCUCAGAUGACGACACACACAUACACACAUUCAAACACGCACACACUAAUAUGCACAGAAAACAAGUUGCAAUGAGCAUCUCUUCCUAUUCUUCCAGGUUCUUUCUUAUUUUAUUGCCUCCAGGAACAUGGAAACAAAUGAUUGUAUGAACUCGGUUGUAUGAUAUGGUCACAGGUCCUUUCAAGAAAUCCAAUUAAUGAAGAUUCAUUAUUAAGGUUAAGUAGCCUUUUGAGUUUGUGUAUAUAAGCUGUAUUAAUUUCUUUAAAACUAUGAAGAGUUUUAGGCUUCACAUGAUUUGUUUUUUAAAGAAUACCUUUUAUGUGUUUUGUUCAUGGGUUUGUGAUUCAAGAAAAAAAUACACUUUACUGAAGGAAUUUCUUUCAUGUUGUGUCCUACUAAAUACUGGACGGACCCUUAACACCCCCACCCCACACACACACUCCACAUCACUGGCUGUCCACAAUGUGGUCCUCACAAACAUCCCUUUGCGUGUGUGUUCAUAACAGUAGCACUCCAGCAUUUUUUGGGCCAUGUAGCAGAAACAAAUGUGGUGGUUUCUUUUGCUCUUGAAAAAAAAAAACAUGGAUGCCACUUGUAGCUUUUCAGGCUCAGGUUUGCAGCUU